UCAGCUGUCUUUGUUCUCUGCAUUUUGCCAUCGCGUUCUGGUUUAUACCUCAUCAUCAUCAUCGACUAUAAACCAGGGGCUUCUCUAUCCCACUGUCUGUCAUCCAAGGGUGAUCUCCACAUUCGGGGCCAAGAACCCGUGCAUUCACAAUUCGAGAUCGAAGCCAAAAGAUCCCCACUGAGGAUCCAACUAUCAACUAGUCUUCCGCUACACCGCUCGUCUGACGUUCGCCCCUUUUGCCGGAGUUUCUCCCGAUCGCUAGCUUGAGCUUGUGGCAUAUUUGAAUGUCGGCUGGGAGUCAUUUCCUCUCGACUCCCCAGUCGUGUCGAUUUUCCUGCACGGCAACACGAGAACAUAGGAGCUAAAGCACAAACAUGGCCCCUCUGGGCGAGACGAUCGCGGUGAUCGAUAAGUCCGGGAAGGUGGUCAGCACAAGUAAACAUCUCUUUGGUGUCUUCAGCCAAGCCAAGAAUGCCUAUCGGGAACGCAAGGCCCAAGUGCAGUCCGAGCGGAACGCCAAGAUUGCGGAGAGAGAAGCCUUGAAGGCUCUACAGAACUAUCACAUAGACGAUGCGCCGUCAGUCGCAUCCUCCCGCCGCAGCCGGUCGCGCCACCACUCCGGCCGCAGUCAUUAUACUCGCGGAGGGUCCCUGUAUGAGGAAGAUGUACACUGGCGGGGCCACGAAGCGGACUCAUACUACGACCAGCCCAGAGAAAUGGUACGACGGCACACGCACCAUGAUGUGGGCGUGCGUGAUACGGCGUUACGACCGGUGCCGGUUCGCUCCCGGUCCGACGCGCCCCAUGUCGAUAUGGACCUGGCCUACGGCGAGUUCCAUCCAUCCGCACUGGAGGCCCAAGCUCCAAACGAGAGCCAACUAUCACCACAGCAGGGCCAACUUCAACGAAUCGAGGACCCCGAGCUGAACGGUCUAGUGACCCGCGCUCAGUGGCUUCUUGAAGAAGCUGACUGCAUGCAACACACAGCCACAGCCACCAUUGCCCAUUUGCAGAAGAAUCCCGAAUCUAUGGCGGCUGUGGCGCUCACGUUGGCAGAAAUCAGCAAUCUAGUUACCAAGUUGGCACCGUCCGCGUUGGGAGCGCUCAAGGCCGCAGCGCCCAGUGUUUUUGCUCUGCUGGCGAGUCCACAGUUCCUCAUUGCCGCGGGAGUGGGUCUGGGGGUGACGAUCGUCAUGUUCGGCGGCUACAAGAUCAUCAAACAGAUCCAAUCGUCCACCACCUCCAAGGCACCCGUCCUGGAAGCACCCCAGCCGCAGAUUGAGGAACCGAGCAUGGAGGACUUGAUGGAGCUCAACACGGAAUGCCUGAGCUCCGUCGAGAUGUGGCGGCGCGGGGUGGCCGACGCCGAAGCCGAUAGCGCGGGCACCUCCGUCGACGGUGAAUUCAUCACGCCCACAGCGGCGAUGAUGUCAGGCAUCGAUGUGACGACGGCACGGAUGACUCGUGAUCCUCGCUUCAAGUAUGAUGAUGACGAUUACUCGAUGGCGUCCUCCCGCCGGUCGCGUCGGUCUCGGGCGCACCACGGCCACUCGCGUGCAGAUCAUCGCCCCGACUCCUAUGUCGGCUCGAAAGCGCCCUCGCGCGCCCCUUCUAAGUCGGAGUCUCGUCACACCGACUCCAAGAAGCCGAAGGAGAAGACGAAGCGGUCCAGCCGCUUGCGGUUGAUGUUCACCACAUGAUUUCUAUGGAUUCACGACAGCUACAAACGCCAGAAUCUGGUCUGCAUAAUGUAUCAAAUACUGUACAUGUCUCUUUUCACAACGGCUCCGGCAGCCACUGAGCAGAUUGGAUGUGUUAUUUAUGAUUGGCGUUAUUA